AUGACUAUUUCUCAGGAGAAACCAGAAGCCACUCUACAGGAGAAAUGGGGUAACGGCCCCGGCUUUGCUGGAAUUGUCACAUUUGCCCAUUUCGACCACCACCCAGCUCUUCUUGAGCCAGAAAAGAGAUUUGAUAUCGGAAUCAUUGGUGUGCCAUUCGAUACCGCGACCAGUUAUCGUCCUGGUGCACGGUUUGGACCAAGUGCUAUUCGUCAAGGCUCUCAACGCCAAAGUGAGAAGCGCGGCUAUAAUCUGAGAGCCGGUUACAAUCCGUACAAGGAAUGGGCUACUAUGAUGGAUUGCGGUGAUAUUCCCGUUACCCCUGUGUCUAACGAAGUUGCCCUGGAGCAAAUGACAGCAGCGUUUGAAGAGCUUCUGUUGCGUCGUCAGUCUAAGGUUGACCCAACACAUCCUCCUCGGUAUAUCGCUCUUGGUGGAGACCACUCGAUCAUUCUUCCUCACCUUAGAGCACUCCAUAAAGUCUAUGGACGGAUUGCCGUUAUUCACUUUGAUGCUCAUCUGGACACAUGGAAUGCAUCCAACAAAAACGGCUACUGGGACUCGGAGAAGACCAGAUUUACUCACGGCUCCAUGCUAUGGAUGGCUUCCCACGAGGGACUUAUCAGUGAGGAUUACAACGUCCAUGUUGGUUUGCGCGCUAGAAUUGCCGGAAAGAGUGAGGAGGAUUACACCGAGGAUACCAGCCAGGGCUGGCAAAGAUUUAGCACAGAUGACGUUUGGUUCCAGGGUACAAGCUCCAUGGACAAAAUUAUAGCUCAGAUCAAGAAAAGAAUCCCAGAGAAGUAUCCUGUCUAUAUCUCCCUUGAUGUUGACUGCAUGGACCCUGGUUUUGCCCCAGGAACAGGGACGAUUGAACCAGGCGGAAUGACUCCAAGAGAGGUCCUCUACCUUUUGCGCGGUCUGGAUUUUAAUCUCGUGGGAGGUGAUGUUGUUGAGGUUAGUCCUGCUUAUGAUAGCGCUGAAAUUACAGCUACUGCCGCUUCGCAGGUUGUCUAUGAGCUGAUCACAACGAUGGUUCAGAAAGGAAAACCUCUUCCAACUCUCCAACAACAAUCACCAAGUUAA